AAUCUUUAAACGUAAUUCGUUAAAUGACUGUUCAAAAGUUCGAAGGAAAACAUCUCAGAUAAUUGUCUAGACGAUCAUUCACUGUAUAAUCUACUGAGAAAAAAAUCAUUUUUUUUUCCUGUUUUUUAACACGAAAAGAAAUAUCGGACAGAGGAACGAAAAUUAUGGAAAUGCAAUCGAUGAUUGUUGUGUUAACAGUGCUUUUAGUAGUAGGCACCGGUGCCGAUUACGUUAGACCUCCGCCUCGUAAAACUUUGCACUUUCCAUGGAGCCCUAAGCACUCAUCUCAUCCUCAACAGGUUCACAUCUCGUUGGCAGGAGAUAAACACAUGCGGAUAACGUGGAUCACUAUUGAUAAAUCUUCUCCGUCCUUCGUCGAAUAUGGAACGUCACCCCAAAGCUACAACUUUAUAGCUGAAGGAGAGAGUACUAGUUAUAGUUACUUCCUUUAUAAGUCAGGAAAGAUUCACCAUACUGUCAUUGGGCCGCUUGAAGAUGACACUGUGUAUUUCUAUCGAUGUGGGGGCAAUGGUCCUGAGUUCCAGUUCAAAACCCCACCAUCUCAGUUUCCGGUUACUUUUGCUGUGGCUGGCGACUUGGGUCAGACUGGAUGGACAAAAUCGACUAUAGACCACAUAGAGCAGUGCAAAUACGAUGUAUAUGUGCUUCCUGGAGACCUCUCGUAUGCUGAUUACAUGCAGCGUAAGUGGGACACAUUCGGGGAGCUAGUGCAGCCACUUGCAAGUGCGAGGCCCUGGAUGGUGACACAGGGGAACCACGAGAAGGAGGAAAUACCAAUCUUAAAGGAUGGAUUCGUAUCUUAUAACUCAAGAUGGAAGAUGCCAUUUGAGGAAAGUGGGUCUAGUUCAAAUCUGUAUUAUUCAUUUGAAGUUGCAGGAGUUCAUGUUGUCAUGCUUGGUUCCUACACAGAUUAUGACGAGUACUCUGAUCAAUAUAGUUGGCUGAAGGCUGAUCUUUCAAAGGUGGACCGUGAGAGGACACCCUGGCUCGUUGUAGUAUUCCACGUGCCAUGGUAUAACAGUAAUUAUGCUCAUCAAGGCGAAGAUGACGACAUGAUGGCAUCCAUGGAACCGUUGCUUUAUGCAGCUGGUGUGGAUGUUGUGUUUGCUGGUCAUGUGCAUGCUUAUGAGCGCUCGGGACGCGUUUAUAAUGGUAAAACAGAUACUUGUGGACCCAUCCACAUAACAAUUGGUGAUGGAGGAAACCGAGAAGGUUUAGCACACGAGUACUCGGAACCCCAACCUGAGUGGUCGAUCUUCCGUGAAGCAAGCUUUGGUCAUGGCGAGCUCAGGAUAGUGAACUCGACUCACGCGUUUUGGAGCUGGCAUAGGAAUGAUGACGACGAACCCAUUAGGUCCGAUCAAGUCUGGAUAACCUCUUUGGUUGGUUCAAGGUGCCUUGCUGAAAGGAGUCAUGAAUAAAGAAACAUGCUCAUGGAACCUUAAAUCGGUCGACGUGGGAUUGUCUGCUUUCUAACUGGAUGCACUCCUUAGGCAUAUGUAAAUACUUGUCCUUUUGUUGGGACGGCCCAGUUUCUUUAUGGAUCAUUAGCUCCAAACUUUUUCACCAGCAUGACUACAUUUGUAAUAUGGUAACAAUGUGUUACUAUCUUAUCCGCAAUAUGUCCUAUUCGGCCACAAGUAUUUAUUAUCUUA